AUGUCGGAUAUUGUCAAGCCGACCCACGCGUCGUUUUCAGAGCCGUACUUGUACGUUAACAUCAUGGACAUGUCGUUGGUGCAGCAGACGGUGGUCAACCACGAGAUCGACUGGGUUAUACAUUUUUCGGCUCUGUUGUCGGCCGUCGGCGAGAAGAAUCUCCCGUUGGCGAUCGACAUCAACCUCACCGGGUUACAUAACAUCUUUGAGGUGUGCAGAACGCAAAAGUUACGGAUGUUCGUACCGAGCUCCAUCGGUGCUUUCGGUCCGUCGUCACCUUUGGAUAACACUCCAGAUGUUUGCGUGCAGCGUCCGAAGACAAUCUACGGCGUCAGCAAGGUGCACGCCGAACUGAUGGGUGAAUACCUGAACGAGAAACAUGGCUUGGACUUUCGAUGUCUGCGUCUGCCUGGAAUCAUCUCUGCUGAUACGCAGCCCGGCGGGGGUACGACAGGUAAGAUUGAAGGUUUUCUAAUUUCGGCAUUUAAUGUGUGUAGUGUCAUCUUAAAUGCAUUUUUAUGUUAA